UGGGUGGGCACGAACAUUUCGCUCAUUGGGCGCAGCCCACUAGGUCCAGACCGCAAGUCGCACAGGGUCCGUAGCAAUUUCUGCUCAAGUCGUGCAGGCUCAGGGGCCCUUUCCCCCAAGGUUUUGCAAGGGGCUCCAGGCGCCAAGGAAGAGAAUGGCAAGACUGUGUGCUGUUGUUUUCGCUAUCGUCGCUUGCGGCGUGGCUUCGGCUAUCGUCGCUUCGGCGUGGCUUCGGCGCUACGCCGCUGCUAAGGAUAACGACCUGAAGCCUGGACAUCUAAGUGGAGUUUCUGGCUUUUAUGAUCGUGCGCUUGGCCAAACCGUGCAGCAUGCUGGCGAAAGUGCUCGCAGGUCGUUUCUCUCUAGCACAUUGGGAUCUAACAUGGUGUUGCAACGUGCGCCCCAGCAUGCCGUUGUGUGGGGAUUUGUUGCUCCUGGCACAGUAGUGACUACAACCCUCGACAACACCAGGCACAUGUCGUCAACUGCAGGCUCAGAUGGCGUCUGGAGGCAGCAGCUUCCAGCAACUGAGGCUUCUGCUAGUCCUCACAUUCUUUCCUUUCGAGCGUCUACAGGCGAGACUGCUGAAAUGCGUAACGUGCUCUUCGGCGACGUGUACCUGUGUGGCGGGCAAUCAAACAUGAAGUUCCCGAUGCCUUUAAUUGAAAACGCGUCCGAUGAAAUUGCCCGUGCUGAUUUGUAUCCACUCGUUCGCUUGUUUACGGUGGGCCAGGGGACGCAGUCCAAGAUCCCACUGCACGACCUGCAAACGAUUACGCAGCCGUGGGCAGUUGCAGGUCACAAUUCCAUUGGCGGCAAGGGGGACGUCGGUUACUUCUCUGCGGUUUGCUGGAUAUUUGGCCGUGAAGUAUUCGAUGCGCUUGGUGGUUCUGUGCCGAUCGGUCUAAUAAGUAGCAAUGCGGGAAAAAGCGCAAUCGAGAGCUGGUCGACGGCGGAAACUUUGAAGAAGUGCAAUGUCACAAAUGUCGAUUCGGCCUUGUAUAACGCCAUGAUCAACCCGUACACUGUGGGGCCCAUGGCCCUCGUCGGGUUUACGUGGUAUCAGGGAGAGGCGAACGUCCACCAGCCUCUAUGUGCAGGCACCCAGAGGUAUGCCUGCACGUUUCCUGCCAUGAUCAAGGAGUGGCGACAGGCGUUCAAGAAUCCAGGGGCUUAUUUUGGCUUCGUUCAGCUAUCGACCUGGUGUGGGCAAGGAGCGAGGCUGUCAGAAAUGCGCUCGCACGGCCAGAUGUCGGCACUUUCUCUUGCUAACGUCGGCUAUGCGACUAAUGCGGACCACGGUGAUGGUUGCAACAUCCACCCUCCUGCCAAACAGUAUUGUGCGAAACGCUUGGCCAACAGCGCUCUUGCACUGGUGUACAAGCAGAAUGUUAUGUGGAAGUCGCCUACUUUCAAGUCCCAGACUGCAUCUGCUUCGCCACCCUCUGUAACGGUCAGCUUCAACGAUGUCUCUGGCAGCGGCCUUCGCGAUGACCAGUAUCCUUUCAAUUAUUUAGGUGGCACGUUCAAUUGCAGUGCGACUGAAGACCAGUGUGCCUGGGCAUCCCUGCAACUUGCCAACGGCUCUUGGGUAAAUAGUUCGAUUGCUGUCAAGGGCAACCAGAUGACACUGUCGUUGCCCCAGUCUUAUUCCAAAGCUGGCGCACCUGUGGCAUCAAGUUAUGCUUGGGGAGCAGUGCCCAUGAUGCCUGUGUACGAUAGGGAGACCAGCUUGCCCGUGCUUGCUUGGUCUGAGAAGGUUGUAGCCGAUCGGAGAGCCCUUGUGGCAUGAGUGUGGCCUCAGGAUAAAGUGUUGACGGGAACUGGUGGAGGGAGGCCUGUGCCGCGCGCAUUCGCUUGCGUGUCCACCUGGUAGAUCGAGUCGGACAGCGGCCCUGUUCCAACCCCGCCGCGCUGGAGGCGGUUAUCUGUGCUUCGCGCACCCGCCCAGCGCGGCCACCGGAGAGCUCUUUCUGCUCCUCCUCCUCGUCCGCCUCCUCCUCCCCCUCCUCCGCUUCCGCCUCCUCCGACCCCGCCGGAUCGAUUCGGGCGGCGCGCGCGCGGAGCUGCGACGCGUCCCCCUUCCUCUGGGAUUUAAAGUUUUUCUCCUAGUGUACAUGAAUAUAUAGAUGCCGCUCUUCCGCCUGCUCACCGUUAUCGGGCGGUGUGUUGCGCAAUGUUGUUGAAUCAGGGCCGAUCCGACGCUCGGAGAAGGAAGGCCGAAUCUCGCAACGUGUCUUAUCAAUGGCGUUUUUGAUUUUGCAGUUGCUAGGGACAGCGACGCGUGCUGAAGCUGACCGCGGACAACAUACGCAAAA